GUCCUUCGCGUCGUUGAGCUUCAUGCCGGCAUUCCGCAGUCCACGGAUCUCCUGGAUUACAGGGUCAUUGUCGCGCGGAUUGGCGCUGGAUGUGGGCUCUGGUGUCUUGGGCGCAUCCUCGGCAGCGUAGACAGAGGUAGUAAGGGUGAUUAAGAGCAGCAGCGCCCAUAGGAACGUCACGCGUAGCACUCGCAUCUUCGUUGAUGAACUUUGCCACGUAUGCGUACUUAAGACGUACUUAACGACAAUAAUUUUUUGUGCAUAAUUGAGACUUCGAUGGCUAAGAAGAAGAGCAAGAAGACGGCAAGCAUUGAAGGCGCUGUGGACGCGAACCAGACGUCGGAUGGUGGAAAUAAUGGGCUAAAGAGGAUUGCAAGACUCUUUACUGCUAUGCAGGAGAAAGGUACGGCCUGGUAUGGCCGAGAACGCGAGGGAAUCGCACUGAUCGAAGGGUUCCAGUCGGCGCUGCUGGCCGUUCGAGAAGCUCAAGCGGCAGCUACAAUUGAUACAGUGCAGGAGAAGGGAAAGAAAGAUAGUGUGGUGCUUGCUGGACUCGCUGGCAAUGCGGAGAUGGAUCCGUGGCUAGCUGAGGAUCUGUACCAGCAGGUACAGGAGCUUUCAGGAAGCUUCGAGGUGCUGCUAGAGGAGAUGUACACGCUGCAGGCUGAAGCGCGAGGCAUCGUACUGGCUGUGGGUGGUGAAGACGAACAGCAAAUUGUCGCCAUAGAGCUGAGGCCUGUAGACUACCUUCAGAUGAUGAGUCAGGAGCUGGCGACGUUCGAAGCCGAGUACCAGCACAUCGAAGCACUGUUGCAACUUAUCUCGUUCGAGACGUCCACGGACGAGCUGCGUACGCUCGUUAUCUCCUGGAGCACAUCGCCGUUCCUCGAUCCUGCCCAGAGUCGCAAUUUCCUUCAGGUAGAGUCGCCUAUCUUCCUAUAGCAUUCACACCAGUGCUCACUCCAAAAUUUCUUGUUACGUAGCGACACCAGCUCUCCCAGCAGAUACACGCAUAAUGCAAAAGGUCACACGCGUGUCCACAGAUAAUAUAGACCGUAUUUGCCAUGCUCU